GUCGUUUUAUUGUACAAGUACUCGUUUGAAUUUUAUUUUUUUUAAAAGUUAUUAUGCAUUUUAAAAGUGCUGUUAUAGUGUGCGCGUUGUAUCUUUUAACGUCAGCAUGGAGCAUUGGACUGAACAGUACACAACUAAGUGAAAUUAUUAAUCUGUACGAAAGUCACAAAAUGUCUGCUAGCCCAAUUACCAGCCAGAAUAUUACAAAACUUUUGAAAGAAUCUUUUGGAAUUCAAAAGCCUGAGGAACUUUUCGAUUGCGAUUCAAAUGGGGUCUAUUAUGUAGAUUUGAAGGAGUUACUACUGACGUUGGCGUAUGAAGAUAAGAAAAAACACGACAGCUUCGAGACUAAAAUGCUUACGUCUUUUGAAGUGGAGUUUUUCCUCAGCCUGUUUAUUGAACACGUGAACAUUACUGACCAAAAUGGAUAUUCUGGUCCUGAACAGCUACCAAGUGUAUUAAAAGAUUUAAAAUUGAACAAUACGGAGAUCGAAAAUAUAAUCGAAAAACUUAAAGAUAAAAAAAAAACAGUCCAAUUUGUUAUCAAUGAAGCGGAUUUCUUGUUGACAAUGUUGGAAACUAAACCAGAAGGUUAUGGUCUAGUCCGACAGCAAAUAGAAAAGUUCAUUGAUUUGUUUAAUAAUUGUCCCAAAACUGUUUACGGUGGUAUUGAUCCGCUAGAAAUUCAAAAAAUCUUCAUAGAGUUUGGUAUGGCUGACCCGAAACAUGAUUCGAAAUUCCUUUUCAAAUCCAGCCGAUCCGCUGCGAAAGAGAUAAUGGAAUUGAUGUUGGUUACGGCAGAACGCAGUAGGACGAUACACACAGAACACACAGCAAGAGGGGUGUUGGAUACAGAUAUAGUCCAGAUGUUCUUAAGCAAUUUCGUUAAAUUCGAUGUAGAUAGUGAUGGUAUCCUUUCGCAUGAAGAGUUCGUUUCUUGGGUGCAACUUGCCAGACGUGAGAUGUUUGAUGAGCCAAAAUGCGGACAUCCUCGAAAUAACGAUAGAAGUGUAACAAACUUUGCGAAAUUCUUGAAAAUGAUGCUUCCUUACUAUGAACUUGACGAAGAAUCAUAUUUUUAUUAAUUUUAAUA